GAAUGAAGUAUUUAAUUAUAUUUUUAUUUGCUGCUGCCGCUAGUGCGGUGCCCAUGGAAGAAUGGAAUUUAUUUAAGGCAAAAUACGGAAAGAGAUACAAAACUGAGGAUGAAGAACAGAAGAGAAUGGAAAUAUUUCUGAAGAAGAAGCAGAUGAUCGAGGAACACAACGAGAAAUACAAGAAUGGACGAGAGACUUUCCACAUGAAGAUGAAUCGAUUUGGAGAUAUGACGGAGGAGGAGUUGAGUGAAAAUUUAUAUAGAUCAUACGAAAGUAACCAAAGGGAUAACCAAAGUAAUGUUUUUGUUAAAUCAAGAAGACUUAACCAACUUCCGGACAGUAUUGAUUGGAGAAUGAAAGGGGCAGUGAGUCCCGUACGAGAUCAAGGGAAUUGCUGGUCGUCUUGGGCUUUCAGUGCUUUAGGGUCAUUGGAAGGACAGACUUUCAAGAAGAGGGGUGAGCUUGUUCAAUUGAGCGCUCAGAAUUUGAUCGAUUGUUCGAAUGCUUACGGCAACUUGGGAUGCAGAGGCGGAAGAGCAGCCUACGCAUUCAAUUACAUCAGGGAUAAUGGAGGCGUUGAUCUUGAACAGUUAUAUCCAUAUGAAGCGAUCGACGGACUAUGCAGAUUCAAAUCUGCUUACAUUGGUGCACAAGACUCCGGCUAUACCAACAUACCAAGGGGAGACGAAGAUGCACUUGAAGAAGCCGUAGUCACCGUAGGUCCAAUUGCUGUGACGGUGGACGGGAGUCGAUCUUCUUUCGCUCAUUACAGUGGAGGGAGCAGCCGAGAACUGCUGAAGAUUCUUAAAAAUUCGAAGAGGUUGCACCAAUCUUGGUAUUCUAGUUUAGCUCAGGCUAAAAGAACUAGUGAAACAAAUCCUGCCCUUCACAAGACAGAUCAAAUUGGCUUGUUUUAUACUAUAAAUGAAGAUGAUAGGAAAAGGGUAUUUUCACUUGGUGGUUUCCCAAAACCUUUUAUGGACAAUGUAAAAACUUUUACUGAAUCAAGCAUAAUGAUACGGGAGCCUGCCCUAGAAAUAAUUGAUUAUAUGAAGAGAGCGGACUACAGCAGGCCAACUAUCAGAUAUGUUCUCUAUGGAAAAGCAGGACUUGGAAAGUCUUUGACAGUAGCUCACAUACUUCAUUAUGCCUUCAGCAAUGGUUUUUAUCUUCUUCAUGUACCUUGGGUUUGGGAUUGGUUUAGGAACAAUAGGAUAGAGUCCGUACCAUCAACUUUUGUUGAAGGGCUUUUAGACUUUCCCGUGAUAUCAGCGAAUUGGCUUAAACACUUUCAAUCUCAGAAUGAACACUUCCUCUCUGGUGAAGAUGACAAGAUAAUAAAGACAAGCAAAGAUUAUGUGUGGAAUCAAAGAGAAAUGACCCCGGCCGGUAGUCCUCUCUCGGAGUUGGUUAUCCAUGGAAUCAACAGGAUCAAGUAUGCUGGAGCUGUGGUUUCGGCUAUCAUCAAUGAGCUGAAGUCUGCUGCGUCCGAAGGAAGGUGUAAGGUAUUAGUCGCAGUUGACGGGUUUAAUGGAUUCUAUAGUUCUGAAUCUAAAGUCAAGGCCGAAGACAGGAGUAAAGUGCCUCCGAAUAAAUGUUCCUUAGUACACUGUUUCUUGGAAGCUACAAAACAGGACUGGAAGGGUGGUGCAGUGGUUGUGACGGUAGAUCAAAAAUUUGGUUGGGCACCUGCUAAUCUUUCACCUUUCCCGCUCUACCUGUUGACCAAGAAGGGUUUUGAGCACUUGGACCCUUUCAUCCCCGUGGAAGUGAAAGAACUGACGUCAGAAGAGUUCCACAGCAUGUUGGAUUAUUACGAGGACCGAUUGUGGUUCCAAAAAGGCAAGGGUCGAGAUGAGCUUGCCUUUUUAAGUAAUCGUAACGCUGGAGCACUCAUGAAGCUUUGUUCUUCGUUAUAGUUUCUUAUGUAUUCCUAGUAAUGUAUAUAUCAACCUUUUAAUACCAUCGAAGCGUUAAGUUAUAUGGAUUUUUCUUGUUUGUUACUGAAAUGGAACUGGAAAAUAAACAGUUUUUCAGCAAACUAA